CUGCGCACGCGCUUUUCGCACGCGGUUCCGGGUCUUGGAGUUCGGUUCGCAGAACCGCAGACGGUCUUGAGCGAGGCUGUACAAUUUAGGAAGCUGCUUCUGUCUCUCCGGUUCCCGGAUCGCCCGCCGUGUCACGUAGAUCGGGGAGGGCCGGCGGCUGGGUUUAAACUCGCGCUGAGCCGUGAUGACCCAGUCUUUGGUUUGCCCCGAGACCGUGAGCAGGGUGAGUUCUGUGCUUAAUCGCAACAGCCGGCAAUUUGGGAAGAAAUAUCUUUUUGACGAGAAUGAGGAAACAUGCUGGAACUCCGACCAGGGCCCCUCCCAGUGGGUGACACUCGAGUUUCCCCAUCGUGUUCACAUCACACAGCUGCAGGUGCAGUUCCAGGGCGGCUUCUCCAGUCGCCACUGCUGCCUGGAAGGUUCACAAGGUGGGGACACACUCAGUAAGAUUAUGGACUUCUACCCUGAGGACACCAAUGCCCUUCAAACCUUCUCCAUUCCUACUGUGGAGGUGGACAGACUGAAGCUGGCCUUUGAGGACACUACGGACUUUUUUGGUCGUGUGGUCAUCUAUCACCUGCGGGUGCUGGGUGAGAAAGUAGUGUGAAAGCUAUUGGCACCACCUCCAGGAAGACCCCUGGGAGGCACCCAGAAGCCCUUCAACUUCUGCACAGAUUUAUUGGUUCCUGUUGGGGAAGAUCCCUUCCCACCACUGUCCGGGAGCUGCCUCAAGCCAGUUGUGGGCAGCCUGGCUUGUUCCCUGAGUGCCUGGAUCCCCAGCAGGCCAUCUUCACUCUGGGUCUGCAGGCCCCAGAGUUCUCUGGAACAGUUGGAGGAUGUGAUUCUCCAUCACCUGUUGCACUGUGGGAGGAGGUGGGAGGCAGUGUGAGCAGGAGGGGGAGGUGUGAGCAGGAGAGGGGGUUGGAGAGGCUGCUGGAGGCCUUGAGCAGAGUGUAACCACCAGGAGGUGACUCACCCCAGCCCUGAGCCUGGGACCCUCCACGGUCCAGCAGGGUGGGGUGGAGCUACCUCGGGGCUGUUUUAAGAAGAGGUCUGUCCUCCACUUGGUGCUUCCCGCCCACUGUCCCGCUCCAGCUGUCCACUUAGAGGAAUACCAGACCCUCAGCCAAUGUGACCACACAACUGUAGCUUUCCCAGCCUUCAGAACCAUGAAUCCAAAUAAAACUUAAAAACCAAAA